GGGUACCUGGGUACCCAGGUGGGCUUAAUUAGUCACACGAUAAAAAAAGCUUGACGCCAUCGCUACAUUUCCCCCCCUCCAACAUCUCCCUCCUCCGUCAUCAAUUAACCCAGUGGACGUGCAGACCAGAUGAAGACACCAUGUCGACAUUUGGCCACUACUUUCGGGUGACGACCGCCGGCGAGUCCCAUGGCAAGACCGUCUCCUGCAUCAUCGAGAACUGCCCGCCGGGGCUGGCCCUCACUGAGGCCGAUAUCCAGCCGCAGCUCAACCGCCGGCGCCCGGGCCAGUCGGCCAUCACCACCCCGCGCAACGAGAAGGACCGCGUGACAAUAGGAUCUGGAUGCGAGUUUGGGCGCACAUUGGGCACUCCUAUACUCCUGACCGUGCCGAACGAGGACCAGCGCCCUCACGACUAUGGCUCCAAGACCAUCGACCUUUACCCCCGCCCCUCCCACGCCGACUGGACUUACCUUGAGAAGUAUGGUACCAAGGCCUCCUCUGGCGGCGGCCGGAGCAGCGCCCGCGAGACAAUCGCCCGCGUCGCCGCCGGCGCUGUAGCCGACAAGUGGCUGCGCGAGGCCUACGGCGUCGAGAUCGUUGCGUUUGUCUCCUCGGUUGGCAACAUCAAGCUCUUUGAGGACAGGCCUACGACCGAUGGCGACGAUAUCGACUCCCUAAGUGGCAACCCCAAGUUCCUCGAGCUUGUCGACUCCCUGACCCGCGAGAAGGUGGACGAGUUUCUUCCCGUGCGCUGCCCUGAUGAUGCCAUUUCGAGGCGCAUGGAGGACAAGAUCGCCGAGCUUCGCGACCAGCACGACUCCACUGGUGGUACCGUGACCUGUAUCAUUCGCGGCUGCCCCUCCGGCCUUGGCGAGCCCUGUUUUGAUAAGCUCGAGGCUCUCCUUGCCCACGCCAUCAUGUCUAUUCCUGCUACCAAGGGCUUUGAGAUUGGCUCUGGCUUCCGUGGCGCCGAGAUGCGCGGAUCCCGCCACAACGACGCCUUCGUGUCUACCGCCCUCGCCGACGAUGCGACCCCGAGCGCUGGCGUUGGCAUCCCUCCCUCCCGCCUGCAGACCAAGACGAACCACUCCGGUGGUAUCCAGGGCGGCAUCUCAAACGGCAUGCCCAUCUUCUUCCGGGUCGCCUUCAAGCCACCCGCUACCAUCUCCCAGGACCAGACCACUGCUCGCUACGACGCUUCCGGCGAGGGCGUCCUGGCCGCCAAGGGCCGUCACGAUCCUAACGUUGCUCCUCGUGCGGUUCCUAUCGUCGAGGCCAUGGCCGCCCUGACCAUUGCCGAUGCCCUCAUGGCCCAGCACGCGAGGCAGAUGGGCAUGAAGAUCGCCGCAGCUGGCCGGUAGUACAUUUCGGCCACGUAAGGAACAAUCGAGUGGCGGCCUCGGGAAGCGUAGGCGCUCACACUAGGAAGACGCGAGGGGUAUUUUGUCAGCCACGACGAGAGGACCCGGCUGGCGGGCAAGACAAAACGGACAGUAGCAGAUGGUGAAUGAUCAGGCGUCGGCAUCCGUCUUGAAGGGAGCACGAAUGGUCGUAUGCAUUAUCGCCAAGGUAUUAUCUCUGGCUGGCACUAAAAAAAAAUAACCGCCAUAUUUAGAGGCAAGGUCUUCCGCGAUAUAAAGGAGACCUGUAGACUAGCUUCGUGGAAAACCUCAAUCAAAUAGAUUCCGC